AUGGGAGCACACUGGAACCCUUACCACGAUGCGCCAGACUUGGCGGGGAAGGUCGCCGUCGUGACAGGUGCUAAUGCAGGCAUGGGUCUUUACACAGCACUACACCUGGCACUUCACGGAGCCAAAGUCUACAUCGGCGCGAGGACAGAAGCGAAGGCCAACCAGGCAAGAGAGACGAUCUUGUCCCUUCAGCCCAGUAUUGCAGGAACUCGACUUCCAUGGCUGCAACUGGACUUGAGCAAGCUUGGGAGUGUGAUUGACGCUGUCGAAAAGUUGAAAAAUACAGAGCAUAAGAUCGACAUUCUCGUCAAUAAUGCAGGCGUGGCGACGAAAGAUGUUGAACUGACGGAUGCGGGCUGGGAGAUGGCUAUGGCAGUGAGCCAUGUCGGCCACUUCACUCUCACGAACGGCCUCUUGCCACUCUUAAAGAACGCCGCGAGCGAAAAGGGGGCGGAUGUGCGGGUUGUAACCAUCACAUCCGGUGCCCACUCUUUGUUCUUCCCGUCGGAUUAUCAGUUCGACUUUUCGAACGCGGGCUUCCUCAGUGGGGAGAUUCCUUACGAGCCUUGGAGGUACCGCUUUCUGCAAAAGCCAUUGUUCAACAUCAGCGCCAUCCACUACGGCAUGGUCAAGCUGGCGAACGUAUUAUUCGCGCAGGAGCUUCAACGCCGCUUCGAUGACCUCGGCAUACCGUUCACUUCGAUGUCGGUGGAUCCCGGAGCAGUCAAGAGCGAUGGUGGGCUCGGUGUCUGGAUCACGCCCCUCCAGCCGAUCAUGAAACGCCUCAUGGCGACUCCUGACGAAGGGUCGUUCAACGCCCUCUUUGCCACUACUGCCUCGGAGGUUUGGCGAAAGCCGGAAGUCUACAAGGGAAGUUACCUGGUGCCUGUUGGAAGAGUCGGACAACCGCACACUGUGGUGAAGGACGAGAAACAUCAGCGGGCUCUGUGGGAGACUACAACGAACGAGGUGAACAAGUACUUGAAGCAACAUGGGCUUGCGCCUCUGAACGAACUCUGA